AGUGCAUGAACCUGUUAGCUUGAGGUAGGCUCUACUUUCAGCACAAUAAGACUAUAACUAUAGAGGGCUUCCGUAUUUGAAAAAAACCCAAAACGUAUUUAGCAUGGUUUUAUGGUGCCUCUAGACUACUUGAAUUUGAGAGUUUAGGCCUGGAUUUAACCAACGACACAUGAGCAACUAACUACUGGAUUGUCACAUUUUUGGAUUUUUUAUUUUUUUUUUCAUGAUUGUGGUAUGCUGAAUUUUGCAUAUUUGCUUAUAGGUCUGAAACAUGGACUAUAAAUAAAAAUGGGGGCCCUGGUGUCAUUCUUUGGUCGUUUGUUUGGGACAGAAAAAAAGAAAGAGGAGGAGCGAUUUCUGCGUGCUAAUGACAGAGCUUUUAACUUGACUUUUAAUUAUGCUGACAACUCCAUCAAGACCUCCAAGUACAACAUCUUGACGUUCCUACCUCUAAACCUGUUUGAACAGCUACAGAGGCUCGCCAAUGUCUACUUCUGCUUCCUCUUUGUCCUGCAGCUAAUCCCACAAGUGUCCUCUCUGUCCUGGUUCACCACUGCAGUGCCUCUGACCCUGGUGCUGGGUAUAACUGCCGUCAAAGAUGCUGCUGAUGACAUUAACAGACACAAGAAUGACAAGCAAGUGAAUAACCGUGAAGUGGACGUGCUCUUGGAUGGAGAUGUGAAAAAGGAAAAGUGGAAAAAUGUGAAAGUUGGUGACAUCAUUAGACUGGAGAAUAAUGAGUUUGUAACAGCUGAUCUUUUGCUGUUGUCGAGCAGUGAACCUCUCAACCUGGUCUACGUGGAGACAGCUGAACUAGAUGGUGAAACUAAUCUGAAGGUGAGGCAGGCCCUGACAGUAACAGGAGAACUGGGAGACAACUUCGAAGCCCUGACUGCCUUCAAUGGAGAAGUUAGAUGUGAACCACCUAACAACCGCCUGGAUAAGUUCAAAGGGACCCUGACCUUCAAUGGACAGUCCUAUGCUCUGGACAAUGACAAGGUGCUGCUGCGAGGCUGCACCAUCAGGAAUACUGAGUGGUGCUAUGGCCUGGUCAUCUUUGGAGGUGCUGACACAAAGCUGAUGCAAAACAGCGGAAAGUCAAUAUUCAAAAGGACCAGUAUUGACCAUCUCAUGAAUGUCCUGGUGCUCUGUAUCUUUGGUUUCCUGGCGUCUAUGUGCACAGUCAUGGCCAUUGGAAAUGCCAUCUGGGAGGCCAGGGAGGGCUCCAGCUUCUUGGUCUUUCUCCCAUAUGAACCAGGAGCCACGGCCCAGCUCUCCUCGUUCCUCUCCUUCUGGAGCUAUGUCAUCGUACUCAACACUGUGGUCCCUAUUUCUCUAUAUGUCAGUGUGGAGAUCAUCCGUCUGGGGAAUAGCUUCUUCAUCGACUGGGACCGCAAGAUGUACUACCCCAAGAGUGACACGCCUGCCCAGGCCCGCACCACCACCCUCAAUGAGGAGCUGGGCCAGAUCAAGUACAUCUUCAGUGACAAGACAGGGACACUCACACAGAACAUCAUGACCUUCAACAAGUGCUCCAUCAAUGGCAGGAAUUAUGGGGAACUGUUUGACUUCUCUGGACAAAGGGUUGAAAUCACAGAUAAAUCAGAGAGAGUGGACUUCUCAUGGAACAAGCUGGCUGAUCCAAAGUUUGUGUUCCAUGACCACAGCCUGGUGGAGACAGUGAGGGGAGGGAGUCCUGAGGCACAGGAAUUCUUCAGACUGCUGGCUCUGUGUCACACUGUCAUGCCUGAGGAGAAAAACCCAGGGGAUCUUUACUAUCAAGCCCAGUCACCAGAUGAGGGUGCUCUUGUGACAGCAGCCAGAAACUUUGGCUUUGUGUUCCUGUCCCGUACUCCAGAGACCAUCACUGUGGUGGAGAUGGGACAACACAUCACAUAUGAGCUAAUCGCUGUUCUGGACUUCAACAAUGUCCGAAAGAGGAUGUCUGUUGUAGUGCGUAAUCCAGAGGGCAAGACAUGUCUGUAUUGUAAAGGAGCUGACACUAUCAUCUAUGAAAGACUGCAUCCAUCUUGUAAAAAACUGAUGGAGGUCACAACUCAGCAUCUUAAUGAGUAUGCUGGAGAUGGGCUGAGGACACUGGUUCUGGCCUAUAAGGAGUUGGAUAAAGAAUACCUGGAGGACUGGAGAGGCAGACACCAUGAGGCCAGUAUAGCUAUGGACGGGAGAGAGGAGAUGUUGGACCAACUGUACGAAGAGAUUGAGAAAGACCUCAUGUUAUUAGGAGCAUCAGCAGUGGAGGACAAACUCCAGGAUGGUGUUCCUCAGACCAUUGAGCAGCUGGCUAAGGCUGACAUAAAAAUCUGGGUGCUGACUGGAGAUAAACAGGAGACGGCAGAGAACAUUGGCUAUUCCUGUAACAUGCUGAGGGAGGAGAUGAAAGAUAUAUUUAUUGUGGCUGGUAACACAACAGAGGAAGUAAGACAAGAGCUAGAGACCGCGAGGAGGAAAAUGUGCCCUGAUGCUCCAGACAAGCCUGUGCUGAAUAAGAGUCGUGCUGGACUCCUCUGGCUGCAGACCACACAGAACGUUCCCGAUGACAAAGUGGACGGAGAGUAUGGCCUCAUCAUAAAUGGUCAUAGUUUGGCCUAUGCUCUGGAGAAGGACCUUCGACUGGAGUUGUUGCGCACAGCCUGCAUGUGCCAAACUGUAAUCUGCUGUAGGGUCACCCCGCUGCAGAAGGCUCAGGUGGUCCAACUGAUCAAGAAGUACAAGCAAGCGGUCACCCUGGCUAUUGGGGAUGGGGCCAAUGAUGUCAGCAUGAUCAAGGCUGCUCAUAUCGGUGUAGGGAUCAGCGGACAGGAGGGCAUGCAGGCUGUGCUUUCCAGUGACUUCUCCUUUGCACAAUUUCGGUACCUGCAGCGCCUCCUACUGGUCCAUGGUCGCUGGUCUUAUCUGCGCAUGUGCAAAUUUCUACAAUAUUUCUUCUACAAGAACUUCACCUUCACUUUUGUACAUUUCUGGUACGCCUUCUUCUGCGGCUUCUCUGCACAGACAGUGUAUGACGAGUGGUUCAUCACUUUGUACAACUUGGUGUACACAGCCCUCCCUGUACUCGGCUUGAGCCUGUUUGACCAAGAUGUGAAUGACCGUUGGAGCUUCCAGUACCCUCAGCUGUACGUCCCAGGACAACUCAACUUCUACUUCAGUAAAAAGAUCUUCGUGCGCUGCAUGAUGCACAGUUGGUACAGCUCCCUCGUCCUCUUCUUCGUCCCCUGGGCGGCCAUGGUGGACACGGUUCGUGAUGACGGCAAAGACAUCGCAGAUUAUCAGUCCUUCGCUCUUUUGGCCCAAACAUGUCUUCUGAUGGUGGUCAAUUUCCAGCUUUGCCUGGAUACUCACUACUGGACGGCAGUGAACCAGUUCUUUCUUUGGGGCAGUCUGGCAGCUUAUUUUGCAAUUAGCUUCACCAUGUACAGCAAUGGAAUGUUCCUCAUUUUUACUUCUGCUUUCCCUUUUAUAGGCACAGCAAGAAACUCCCUGAACCAGCCAAAUGUGUGGUUGACCAUCCUGCUGACUAUUCUGCUGUGCAUCCUGCCUGUGGUGGCUGUACGCUUCAUUUUUAAACAGCUCUGGCCAACUAUCAAUGAUAAGGUGAGGCAUAAGGUUAGAAAAGAAGCUCUGCCUGCCCCCGUCCCUCGCCGCCCUCCUCCUCGGCGAAUCAGCACACGGCGUUCAGGAUAUGCCUUCUCCCACAGCCAGGGCUACGGAGACCUGGUCACAUCCAAAUGGGUGCUUCUCAAACGGAAGAGCAGACCACCGCUUUUCACCAAAAACACCGACUCUCCUCUGGCCCAGAACCAACCUCAGUUUUACCGCACCAUCACCGAGGAGAACGAAGAGGCGCAGAGUCCGUAGGCUAUAAGGACUACAAACAUGGCCAACUGGCAUUUAGAGUGUUUUACAUGAAAGUGCUGUUAUGAGAGAGCACAGGGCAAAUGUCUGUUUUUAAAGAAAAUGACUGAGAUUAGCCUUAAAUGAGAUUAGAAACUCCAAACUGCAAAGUCUUAUUAGAUUUGUAUUAUGUACAAUAUGUGAGAUGUUGUUUGCUUUUUUUUAGUUGUUUUAAUACACAUAGUAUAGAAUCAUCAAUAAUUAUGGAGAUGUCAGUUUCAUGUGUUUUUAAUAUUGGUUGUGUUUACAUUAAAUAUAAAAUAAAUAUUGAUAA